UCACAUGAAUCUGUCAGCUGUCAUAUCACUUUAGUCCAGUUGAGAGGAAACAACAGUGCAACAAAUGUCUCUCUACAGGAAUAUAGUGUGGUUUAUCAAAGGAAUGAGGGAGUAUACAAGGUCUGGAUUUGAGAAUGCGUCUAAGAGCUUUGUAGAAAAGGACCUGGAUGUGUCUAUGGUGGGGCGUUCCUUCAUGAUCACUGGAGCCAACAGCGGAAUAGGGAAGGCGACGGCCAUGGUCAUAGCAAAAAAAGGUGGCACUGUCCAUCUUGUUUGCAGAAACAAAGAGCGAGCCGAGAGAGCCAGAGAAGAAAUCAUCUCAGCAAGUGGAAAUACUGAGGUUUACGUCCACGUGUUGGACCUCGCUGAGACGAGAAAGGUGUGGGAGUUCGCUGAGGCCUUUAAGAAGGAGCACUCGUCUCUCAAUGUUUUGAUCAAUAAUGCCGGAUGUAUGGUGAACCAGAGGGAAAUUAACUCUGACGGACUGGAGAAAAACUUUGCGACCAAUACUCUUGGUGUUUAUAUUCUCACUAAAUGUCUGAUCCCAUUGCUGGAGAAGAGCAGGGACCCCCGAGUUAUCACAGUGUCAUCAGGAGGGAUGCUGGUACAGAAACUAAACGCAGUCGAUCUGCAGACAGAGAGAGCUCAGUUUGAUGGUACCAUGGUAUAUGCACAGAACAAGAGGCAGCAGGUAGUGAUGACAGAGGUCUGGGCAAAAGCAAAUCCCAAAAUUCAUUUCUCUGUGAUGCACCCUGGGUGGGCCGACACACCAGCGGUUGCCACGGCGAUGCCUCAAUUCCAUCAGAUGAUGCGUGAUCGUCUGCGUAUGGCGGAGCAGGGAGCCGACACGGUCAUCUGGCUCGCAGUGUCACGCGCCUCCACUGCUUUUCCUAGCGGCCUUUUCUUCCAAGAUCGACAGCCGGUUUCGGCCCACUUGCCCCUCGCGUGGACUCACAGCUCUCGACAGGAAGUCAAAGUGUUCAUGGGCCGGUUGGAGACUCUGGCGAUGACUGUCAAACCCUCAGAGUGAGAAUUUAAACAUGUUAGAUAUUAUACAUGUCAGAUAACUGAGACUCUAAAACGUGGAACGGAUAACCAUGAUAUGAAACCUGAAGCUUUUUCGGUAACAACUAACUACAGAAUGAUCGCACAGAAUCUAAAUUAAGUCUAAACUCAACAUACAAACCUGAUAUAUUCGUAAAAAUAGGAUAUUUAUUGCUGUAAAACCGUGACAUAUGAAAUAAUAAUCAUAAAAAUCUAAUUUUUUGAAAUGGAACAGUUUAUUGAAACUUUAGACAAAAUCUAAAAAGAAAAUCUAAUUUUUUUUUUUUAUUGAGUACCAUAUUUGAUACAUCAGGCUUUUAUGGCUCAUGAAGUAUGAAAUAUGACAAUAUGGAGCUCAUACUCGAGGAGGAAAAAACACCUCAGUUUAAUUCAGACGCGCAAAAUAUGCAAUUUGGUGCAGAUGUUGUUAUUUAUAUGGCUAGAGAGAUGAAAUGCUGAUAGCUUGUAAUGUAAAUCAGUGGGAUCUCAACAGUACAGUAUAGCAGACUACUACUUGCAUAAAAUGUUGACAUUAACACCCGCCAAAUGCGGGUGGAUUUCAGCUGUGACGUGUAACACAGUCACUCCUACUAGCCACUUUGGCAGGUUGAAUUUUAUAUAUAAUAUAUACAUUUUUCAAUUGUAGUCUUUUAAAAAGUCAUCUGAAAUAAUAAACUAAGUAGUGUUGUCAAAAAAUAUACAUUUUUCAAUACAUAACGAUACUGAAUUAUCUGAAACGCUUCCAAUACUCGUUUUCAGCAGAACAGAUAAACGAUACCAGCUGUGCUUUCUUGCUCUCUUGCACAUAAUUUUACUCAUUCCCACAGAUUUUGUGCUCACACCCAAAGUGCGUGCACAUAAAACCGCCUCACAGUACUAAAUUGUGUUCUUUUUGCUGCUUAUUGCGCAUCAAAUACACAGUCAAAUACACACAAAAUAAUGUCAAAAUGCCGGUCUUGGCAAGUAUUCACGUAAACACAUUCAGUUAUGUUUUAAGUGAACAUAAACAGUUGAGAAAGAAAACGCAUUUGUAACAGUAUAAUGGAUCUGUGCAUCAGGUCUUAAAGUGACAGCAGCCUAAUAAACCUGCUGCCGAAUUAUGAGAUAAUAUUAAAAAUAUCUAUAUGGCAGAUUUUCCCCAUGGUAUCAAUGUCAAAACUGUGGCCAGUGAAAAUGCUGAGUGGCUUGUAACUUUGGAAAACCACUAGCCACAGUGGCUGGUGAGCAAAAAAAAAAAAAAAAAAAAUUAAUGUCAAGCCCUGCCAAUAAUAUUUAAAUUCUUAGUUUUAUAAUCAAAGCUCUGUAGUUUUUUUUUUUUUUUUUUUUUUUUUUUGUAGGGGGUAAAACAUAAAAUGCAAUGCAAUAUAAUGAUGACUGAAAGAUGUACAAAUAAACAUUCCUCAAAAGCCUGAUCAUAUUUCAUACAUUUCAAGUAAACCUAAGUUGCUUCAGCCCAGUGAGUGUUCAUCUUGAAAAAUUACUAACAAUAUAAAAGUUUCUUACGUUUACUUGAUAAUAAUCGGCGGAGAUUUAACAGCAUAAAGAUGCGUAUCAUGACCUGAAGGGGGACAAAAUAGUGUUUAAUAAAAGGCCUUUCACUUGCUAAAAAAGUAUGAACUAUAAAUCAGACAGCAGAAGGCAUGUAGUUGAUUGCGUACAGCAGGUUUAUCAGCAAAGUUUUGAUUAUGCUGAUAAUUUAGAGGCUUUAGAAAUGUGAUACAGUAGGCUUCAUUGAAUUAACAUUAGGGAUGCACCGAUAUGAUUUUUUUGGGGCCAAUACCGAUUUUAACAAACAAUUAUUGGCCGAUACCGAUAUUUGUCACUUCCUCUCUUAUUUGAAAUUUUGUCAUCAAAAUAGAUAGUAUUUUGAUCAUGUUUUAAAUAAGCAAAGUUCAAAAACACCUGCAUUUAAAAUAUACUAGCAGGUUUGUUGUUGCAUCAUCAAAUAAAUUUAUUGUAACAGACUUUAUUGUGAUUAAUCUUCUAAUUUGUUUUUGUAUACAUUUUAAUAUUUUUUGUAAGUUUAAAUAUGUAUGAGAUCUGCACUAUCUCCUUUACUAAGGCGGGACUCUUAUUUUGACGGGUGUUCUAGUCUACGGACUGACAAUGAGUGCAUGCAGUUCUUAAGAGUUAUUUUGCAGAUUUAAAGUUUGUCCAUUUAUUAAGCAUUCCCCAAAAAGGCAUAAGAUCUGUAUGUAUUUGUUACUGGUAGUUGUAAUAAGCGUAAUUCGUUGUAUGUUGAUGAUAAUGCAGUGGAGAGAGAGAGAGUUUAAUGCGCACUUCUUGUGCUCUGUAAUGUUUAGCUUUUGUGGUGAUUUUAUUGGAGUGAAAACGGAUGCAAUAAAUGUAUUAAAACAUCAGUAAAGUUUUGGUCAUCAUUCGGAUGGGGUCCGCUACACUUAUGAAAGUUACAAAAGUAGUCGAGAAUAGUGUGCGAUCUUUUGUUAUUUGAUUAGCAUUAAAGUGCAGACAGCAGAGCUAGGAUUACACAACAGUCAUUAUACAGCUCAGUGCCUUCACGCAAUUAAUUAAUAAACCAUUGGUUUGUUAUAUCGGCCUUUUUCCUGCUACAGCCGAUAUGCCGAUGGUUGUAAAUUGAGCAAAAAUCGGCCGAUAAAUAUUGGCAGUCAAUACAUCGGUGCAUCCCUAGUUAACAUGAAACAAAAGUAGGUUGAGGUAUGAUUUUAUCCAUCCACAACUGAUUGGACUGUGAAAAGCAGUCUCCAUUAAAGGUGCAGUAGGUGAUCUGGGAAAUGCUAACAUUAGCCUGAUAGCAUUGAAAGCAUAAGAUCCCACCCUCCCUUCAAAUCGCCAUCCAAAGGCCACGCCUCCUCCAAAACACAUGGACGUGCACACACACAGUUGCUCUUGGUAAAGUGUCACAAGAGACGGCGUUAAACCACCUCAUGUCUCAAAGCACAUAACAUUACAAUAAUAAUCAAUGUAAACAACUCACAGAGGUUGUACCUGACUGCUGCAGAUUCAUUUUGGUGUUGAUACUGUUGACAUGGAUACACAUAAUUCUGAACAGCUCCGGUUAGAACGUCACGGGUUGCCAUCUCUUAAUUACGGUAGUUAUGGCGUGAACGCAGCAUAAGUCUUGGGUAUAUUUCGUUUUUUUAGUGUACGCGCACAGUCGAACGCAAAGCCUUUCAAAGUAUACUUCAUUUGACUCAUACGCAUACACAGGUGAUUGACGCUUGCGCAGUUUUGAGCAAUCUCUUGCCACGAGUUACAACCUAUGUAAACAUCUUUGUAUUCUUUCAUGCUACACCAGAGUUGUACAAAUGAGGGUACUUUCUAACCUCUUUGCACAAUCUCUUGUCUAUAUAGGCCUCCACUGUAGCUGUACCUAGCACGUGUUCCGGUCUGUUCUGUUUAUGCAGUUUUUCUAUGACUACCUUGUGAAUUGAUGGUCCCAGGGCACGGUUGCCACCUUGUGGAUAAACUAAUUACUGCAAAAAUAAUUAAAUGCACAUGUGCGACCUGAGCAAACAAGUAUGCACAGUAACAAAAAUCCGGUGGUGUGCGUACUCUUCUGAUGAUGAAAUUCACGUCACGCGCACUGUACGCUGACCCUCGUGUACUUGGAAAAACUGAAGUAAACUUUGGGCUUAAGCUCGGUAGGAACUGUAAAAGGUGGCUGCUGUUUGUGGUGCUCCGUGACUGAUGUCUGUCUGUAUAAACUCUGCACAGGGGUGGAAUAAGUUAUAACAUUUUGAUCAAAGAUUCUGUAAACAAACAUUUUUGUCUUGAGAAUAACAUGCAUCAAUGAAUAAAACCAGGAACAUUUAAAAGUUAA